AUGUCAUACGUUGAAGCUGCCUCAGUCACACAAGGCGGAGUUGAACUCUUCAACAAAGUCGUCGACGCCGUCAAGGGUGCCGUCGGUGCCGUCGAAGAAAUCCAAGGCUCCGCCAUCAGGAUCAAGCGCGCGGCAGCCGCCGAGGCUCUCAGCGACCAAAACGAGUUCGCCGUCCGCGAGACCAUCAUCGCCAAGGCCAUCGAUGCCGUCCACGAGGUAGCUCCCGGCUGCAACAUCCUCAUCGUCGCCGACUACGGCCGCGACAAGAAGCACUUCAAAGGCGAGUGGAAGACGCAGCCCAACAUCGAGCUAGAGCUUCCCAACGGCCAGUCUGCCUUGUAUCGUCUUUACAUGUUCAACUCUGGCAAGUACGACCGCCCGAUGGGCCCGAUCUGGGAGGCGAACUAUAUUCAGUACCGCGGUGCCCAUGGUGGGGAUGUCAAGAGGGAGACGCCGGUUGGUUGCAUGUACUUGACGUUUCCGGAUGGCGAUGGUUUGGACCCGAGUGCUGAGGAUAUUGAGGAGGAGGCUGAUGAUGGUGAGCCGAUCCCGCCUGAGGGGGAUGGGCAGGAGACGGAGCAGCCUGCUGCUGAAGAAGAACCGGCCCAGGAAGAGCAGCCUGCAGAGGAAGCUGAGCAGCCUGCGGAGGAAGCUGAGCAGCCGGCCGAAGAGGAGCAGCCGGCCGAAGAGGAGCAGCCGGCCGAAGAGGAGCAGCCGGCCGAAGAGGAGCAGCCGGCAGAAGAGCAGCAGCCUACCGAGGAGGGUGCUGAGGAACAGUGA